UUGCUGUGCAUGCGCAGCCCGGAGGAGGCUGGAGCGGGGCAGAGGGGGAGCGAGUUCCAGCUUGGCACGGCAGGAUAGGCUGUUGAAUCUCACGUUGCCUUGCUGGCGGUGCGGUUAAUCUCUGGGUUCUGAACCUCGCGCCCGGCACGGCCCCUCCCGGGAUCUCAACCUCAUUUAAUGUACAGGAUGAGUGGUGCUCAUUGAAUAGUAUUUAAGUCAAGUUGGCUUGAAAAAGUAGUGGAAAGAAGAUGUUUCAUGUUGUUCGGUAUCAGUGUCUAAAAUUAACCCAGAACGUUGGUUCUAGUGUACAUCGAAAGUUGAUUUUUCCAAGAACUCUUGCAUUUGCACAACUGUGGAAGUCAUGGCUCUCAACUCUCUCUCUUGCUGGAGACCAGAAUAUUGUCCUGAUGGGACCUCCUGGAGCUGGGAAAACAACAGUUGGAAGAAUAGUAGGUCACAAACUUGGCUGUCAUGUCAUAGAUGUGGAUGAUGAUGUCCUUGAAACAACCUGGAAUAUGAGCGUGACAGAAAAAUUGCAGGAUGUUGGUAGUCGGCAAUUUAUAGAAGAGGAAGGAAAAGCCCUGUUAAAGUUUUCAGCAUCUGGAAGUGUAAUUUCCCUUUCUGGGUCCAAUCCAAUGCAUGCUGCCAGCAUGCAGCAUGUGAAGAAAAAUGGGAUUGUUGUGUAUCUGGAUGUACCCACAAGAGACAUAAUAGAUAGGCUGGAAUUAAUGAAAGUGGAUCGUAUUGUGGGGCAGGAUUCUGGAAUUUCUGUGAGAGACAUACUUCAGUUUAGGAAGCAAUUUUAUAAAAAAUGGUUUGAUAUCCGUGUUCGUUGUGAAGGUGGACUUACAGCAGAGGCUGUAGCAGAUAAAGUUCUUGAUGCAGUUAAGAGAUACCAAGACUCAGAAUCAGAAACUUUUAUUUCAACUAGACAUAUAAGGUCUGAAAUGUGUGAGCAAAAAUAUUUCACGGAAGCUGUUGUUGAGGGCCUAGCAUCUGAUGGUGGACUCUUUGUUCCUGAGAAGGGGCUCCCAACAUUCUCUGCUGGAGAAUGGCAGAGCUUAGUAGAAGCAACGUACAUUGAAAGAGCUCAGAUUAUAUUGGAAAGAUUCAUACAUCCUGCUGAUAUACCUGCUUUCAAGCUGGGAGAAAUUGUUGAGAUUGCUUAUGGAGAAAACUUUACUUGUUCUAAAAUUGCCCCUCUUAGGUAUCUGACAGGCAACCAGUUUCUCCUUGAGUUGUUUCAUGGACCAACAGCCUCAUUUAAGGAUUUGGCAUUACAGUUGAUGCCUCAUCUGUUUGCAUACUGUAUUCCCAAAAGAUGCAAUUAUUUGGUCCUAGUAGCUACUUCUGGAGACACAGGGAGUGCUGUCCUAGAUGGUUUUAGUCGUCUUAGUGAUACUGACAAGCAAAGAAUUGCUGUAGUCACUUUCUUUCCUGAGGAUGGAGUAAGCCAGAUUCAAAAAUCACAAAUGAUUAGCUGCCAAAGAGAAAAUGGGUGGUCAGUGGGUGUCAGAUCUGAUUUUGAUUUUUGCCAGACAGCUAUAAAAGAAAUAUUUACAAAUUCUGAUUAUUCUGGCUUUCUUACUGUAGAAUAUGGAACAGCUUUAAGUGCAGCGAAUUCUAUAAACUGGGCUCGACUACUUCCCCAAGUUAUUUAUCAUGCCUCUGCUUACCUUGACCUUGUUCAUCAAGAUAUUAUUACUUUUGGAAGCCCAAUAGAUGUGUGUAUUCCUACAGGAAACUUUGGCAACAUAUUAGCUGCAUUAUAUGCAAAAAGGAUGGGAAUCCCUAUCAGAAAAUGUAUUUGUGCAUCCAAUGAAAAUAAUGUUUUGACCGAUUUCAUAAGAACGGGUCUUUAUGAUUUAAGGGGAAGAAGAUUAAUGCAGACUUUGUCACCAGCAAUAGAUAUUUUGAAGUCUUCCAACCUUGAACGACAUUUGCACCUGAUUGCUAGUGGUGAUGGACAGCUGGUGACACAAUUAUUUAGUGAGCUGGAAAAGCAAUGUCACUUUCAGUUGCAGAAAGAUCUGCUUGAGAAGCUUCAGCAAGACUUGGUGGCUGGGUGGUGCUCUGAGGAGGACUGCCUAGCUGCUAUCCACUCUGUAUACAGUACUACAGGGUAUAUUUUGGACACACACACGGCUGUUGCUAAAGUAGUUGCAGAUCGAUUACAGGAUAGAACAUGCCCAGUUAUCAUUUCAUCUACAGCUCAUUAUUCCAAGUUUGCACCUGCUAUCUUGCGGGCUUUGAGGAUUUCAGAAAUAAAACAGAAUCCAUUAAGUCAACUUCACUUACUGAGCUCUUACAGUCCUUUGCCUCCAGUCCAUAGGGGCCUAUUAGAAACACUGAAAGAGAAUGAGAAGCAGAAACAUCAGAUCUGUGCUGCUGAUGUGAAUGUCAUGAUGGCACAUAUAGAAACUGUAAUACAAAAUCAGUUUAUGAAAGUUUUCUAAGUAAACUCGGUGUUUAUUAUACCAAUUUAAAUGUUUUCUUCACUAAAAAGUCAUGUUUUAAUAAAUGCAUAGUACACAAGGUCUUUAAGUUUAUAUUCUGAGUAUACUUUCUCAUUUUCAUGUUCAGUUAAAACAUUUUAACAUUGAUUUAAAAUUUUUUUGCAUGCAUGUGAGAAUCUAAUGCUGGUGAACGGUUCUUGCUUGAAAGCCCAAGAGACUGAGGGGCUAUUUUACAGAAAUAGUAUAGUAUGGACAGCAGUAGCGCACGCUUCCUCACAUAACCCUGGCAGUGUGCCUCAGUCCUGACCUGGGAGCGAGCACUUCUAAGGUGAAAGGGUAAUCGUAUCUGAAACUGCUAACAAGUGCUAAAGUUGUGUUGUUGUAUAUGUGGUAUGUGCUAAGAAUACUCGCCCACUGCAAAUUUAGCUAAACAUUAAACUAAUCUCACGCAGGGCAUUGAAAAGCCGGUAUAGUAAGAGCUUUCAUCUUCUCUUCAGCUGGGAUACAUUUAAACUGGAAUCCUUGAAAUUAAAUUACCUAUAUCAUAUCCAUACAAUCCUACAUAUUUUAAUAUGCUCUCUCUGUAUAUAUUGUUUUUGUAUUGACUAUAUAAUCACGUAUUCUUGUUCACCGUUAAAUGUUUUUUUCUUGCCACAGGGGACAAUCUUUUGCCUUAUAAAAUAAAAGCCUCCAGUCUGUAUGUUUUA